AUGAUAUCAGGACAUCUACAAACACCAGAUCUGUCUGAUCAUUCAGGUGAUGAAGCAAAGUUAACCAAACCAUCAGGAUUAGAACUGAAAACAAAUGAACUAUGGUCAUCAGAUUUGGAGGAGGAAUUGGAAAGUCGAAUAAUGCAACCUGCCACAUUUAGCUCAAUAUUAAAACAAUUUCCUUCUAUCCUGGAGGAGACUAUAAUAUCGAAGAUUAUGUCAAAUAAAAAUUGCGAUAAAAACAAUUGGAAGAAGAAAAUAUAUUGUUACAGGUAUUUUUUACAGCCACUGAAAGAAGAACCAGAUGUUGGCAACAUGAAGUCGCUAGUGGAAAAGCUUGAAAAGUUAAAGUUGAAAAAAUGGAGUGCCCUGGAAAUUGAGCAACUCUUUUGCAAUUAUUUAGAGGAUUUGACCACGUCCGCAGUGAAGGUGUCAAUUCCUGGAAAGACUUUGGAUGAGGUGGCAGCAGCAGUGAACAAUAUUCACCCGAGACCACGUUGGACACGUAAAGAAAUUGAGUGUCUAAUCAAAAAUGAAAAUGAUUUUAAAAAGUUGGAAAAGGAUCUUUUCGUCAGAGAUCUUGAUUCUAUCAAGAAGAAAAUAAGAAGGGAUAAUCUUUCUAUUCAAAAUGAAAUUCAAGAUUCCGAAAAAAAGUCUCCCCAAAGUACUGAUUCAAAUAAUAAAGAUUCUUCGCGGGAUUUAUCUCGAAAGGAACGAGAUCAGUUGAAAAAAUUACUAUCAAAACCUAUAUGUUUUUCAGAGUUGCUUGCUAAAUUUCCAGGUCACUCUUGGGAAUAUAUUGCUCGUGAAAUAAUUCAAUUAGAUUCAUCUGAAGAUAAUACGAUUUGGUUAAAGAAGAUUUAUUACUACUGUGUUGUGUAUUCAAUAUCUGUUGAUAAAGAAAUUACGAAAUACAUAGGAGGUGGUAACAGGAUUUAUGAAAAGGUUCGGUCUGAUUGGAGUAAAAUCAAAACUCUUGAUUUUUUCAAGGAUUGGUCAUUACAAGAGUUUGAGCGUUUGUAUUGUUUUGCUUUUCACGAUCUCACCAAGAGUGCUUUGACUAAAAAUUUUCCUUCCAAGAAUCUAAAUGAUAUUUGCAAAGUUGUUAAUAUUAGUUUUCCAAAAGUACCUUAUACGGAUCGAGAAAUGAAAUACUUGGAACGCCAUUUAGAUACACCAAUGCAGACUCUAGAAAAUAAUCUACCUUUCAGAUCCAGGGGAUCAAUACAUAAAAAGUUGGAAGCCUUGAAAGCUUUGACAGAAACUACCGAACAAAAGCAACCACCCACCAAAACUAGACCAAAAAAUGAGGAGGAGAAGAAUGUGGAAAAUGCAGCAUAUAUGAAAGAGUUGAUUAUGUUUGAUCUUACAUUAGAAGCAAUCGAGAAUACUUUUCCUUCAGAACCAAUUGAAGAAAUUAUCAAGGAAAUUAAGAAUAGCGAGAUAUUUGAUCCACUUCUGUUUACCAGGGGUGAAAAAGAAUUAAUGGCCAAGUUGGUUAAAAAAGGUAACUUGAUCGACGAUUGCUUUGAUUACUUUCCCUUAAGGGAAGAAGAAUUUAUUCGUUCCAAAUAUGCAGAGGCUGAAUAUGUUUCUGGUAGAAAAAUGAAGUUCAACACUCCUGAAGAAAGAUUGGCAUACGAAGCAAAAUGGACUUUGUUCAACAUGGGCAAACAGGAAUAUGGUCGAGGAAAUAGAAGAUCCACCAAAAGAUAUUGUGAAAUAGACGAAUUGAGUAAAUUGGAGCAAGAAGCUAGUGUGAAGCGUAGCAAGAAAAAAAUUGAAUUGACGGAAGAGGAACUCGAACAACGCCGUAAAAGACUGGAACAUUUUAGACUCUGCCGUUUAAAGAAGUUGGAAGAGAAACGAGAAAAGUAUAGAAUUGAGAAAGCCAAAAGAUUAGAAAAAAUUGCUGCUGGUUUAAUCAAACCAUCUACUUCUGGUUAUGAGUUGAAAGACAUUGUUACUAGUGCUGAGUACUUUCAAUCUAUAGUUGGUGAUAAACAAAAGGUUCAAGAGGGCCAAAAGAGGAAAAGAAUUCAAACGGAGUAUUUUGCCCCAGAAUUUAUUGAAAAACCUAAGGCUGUGAAAUUGAAAACUACCAAAAGACAAGCAGAAAAAAACAAAAUCAAGAAACAAUUGAAACGUGAAGCUCAGUUGAAAAUCAAAAAGAAAAAGACCAUUGCCCCUAAAAAAGGUAAACGUAGAGUCAAAACUAAUAAUGGGAUUAUCGAAGAAAUUAAGGACGUGUAUAAACUUUCACUGGAGCCGUAUGUUGAACUGGAAGUAGAAGAAGAGGAUGAGGAAGAAGAUUACAUUAGUCCAUAUGACCCACCAGAUAUCAUUUCCGAUUCCCAGGUGAAAUUAAACGGCAGACACUUGUAUAUAUCUUCAUUUUACAAGGAGCUUCCAGAAAUUCCAGAGUUGAAGUUUGUGUCGUUACCACACAUGGAAAUGUCUGGAAAUGAUAUUACUGUGGCAAAACAAAUAAUGACUACAGCAAACGAUGAUAUUCUAUACGAUGACUGUUUGGCAUAUGAAAUUGUUGCCCAACAUAUAAAGUCAUACCGUGAUUUGCCAAUUUCAUUUCCUCCGGUAUUGGACCCAAUAACCCAUGAGUUAAAUUCAGCAAAUAUUGUUAGAAUAAGGUUUUUUCUUUAUCCAGAACAUUAUGAACUGUUUAUGCUUGCUUCUCCCAAAUCAAAUGAGCUUGAUCCAGUUCAUGAAAUUGCUAAACUAUUUAUGAUUCAAUAUUCCUUAUACUUUUCUCACUCGGAUACAUUGAAAAAGAUCAUAACGGAGGAUUAUUGUCACAAACUUGAACAUUCUGUUGAAGAAAAUGAUUUUGGUGAGUUUAUGUUUGUGGUUGAUAAAUGGAACCAAUUAGUAAUGAAACUUUCUCCUAACCUAGCUUCCGUACAGAACAUUUUAGGUUUAAAAGAAGAUAUUAAUGAGGCUCCAAGAGCUUAUUUGAACCAACAAGAGGUUAGUAUACCCACAAAUUCGGAUUUGAAAAUAGAGACAUUUUAUGACGAGAUUAUGUAUGAAUCAGCUAGUCCGUUAUUUAAUCCAAUUAAUUCCAAUUUGGAAAUAGAUUCCGAACUGGCACCCAUCCCAUUAGGUGAGGUUGAAAUACCCAACAAUGUCAUUGAAGAAAUAAAUGAGAAGAUGCCAGAUAACUAUAUUCCUGACUUUUUCAGAAGAUUAAAGGAAAAAACAGAAGUGUCAAGAUAUGCAAUGCAACAAAUCCUACUUAGAGUUUAUUCACGAGUUGUCUCCACCGAUUCUAGAAAAUUGCGGUCUUAUAAAGCUUUCACUGCCGAGACUUAUGGUGAAUUACUUCCAUCGUUUACUAGUGAGGUGUUGGAAAAAUUGAAUUUAUUACCUACACAAAAGUUUUACGAUCUAGGUUCAGGUGUUGGGAACACCACUUUUCAAGCUGCUUUGGAAUUUGGAGCAUGUAGUAGUGGAGGUUGUGAAAUUAUGGAGCAUGCUUCUAAAUUGACUGAAUUACAAGCUGGGUUAAUACAAAAACAUUUGGCAGUAUUGGGAUUACAAAAACUAAAUCUUGAUUUUGCUCUCCAUGAAAGUUUUGUUGGUAAUGAAAAAGUUCGGGCAAGCUGUUUGGAUUGUGAUGUUCUUAUUAUUAAUAAUUAUUUGUUUGAUGGACAAUUGAAUGAUGAAGUUGGGAAAUUGUUGUAUGGAUUGAGACCAGGGACUAAGAUUGUUAGUUUGAGGAACUUUAUCAGCCCUCGUUAUCGAGCCACUUUUGAUACUGUUUUUGAUUUUUUGAGUGUUGAGAAACAUGAAAUGAGUGACAUUAUGUCUGUUAGUUGGACUGCCAAUAAGGUUCCCUAUUAUAUAUCAACAGUCGAAGAAACAAUACCACGGGAGUAUUUGAGCAGAGAAGAAACAAAGGAAACAAGUGGUAAAUCUAAAUCAGUCAGUCCCGUUGGGGAAAUUGAAAAUGUGGCAGCUGCCAUGAUGACUCCGCCGACUGACUCUUCAGAAUCGGAGAUUAUCAAAAAUUAA